UCUGCUGUUCUGCGCGCACUGAGCGCAGGAGAUGAGCUUAAGAUCAUCUUGGGGCGGGGGGAGCCCGGGACCGGAGAGGCCGACUAUGCCCCGCUGAUCCGCGCGGCCCAACUUUCUGGGGGGCUGGCUAGACCGCGACUCCCUGCCUGCUGCGCCGCCAACAGGGGGUGUUGAAGAUCAUGGUCACAUGGAUGCGUCUAACCACGUGGUCCCUGGAGACAUGACGGUCCUUUAGCGAGCGCAUCUAAAGUACUGGCUGACUUUUUGGGUUGCCACUCACCAUCGGAUAUCGUUGCAUUCCAUCUGUGAGAACCCUCCUAAAUUUUCCCCACCAUGCUGUCUUUAUUAGCUUGAACUCCUUCCCUAAAAUGGUCCUUCUGUUGAUCCUGUCAGUCCUGCUUUUGAAAGAAAAUGUCCGUGGGAGCGCACAGUCCAGCGAGCGGAGGGUGGUGGCGCACAUGCCGGGCGACAUCAUCAUCGGGGCUCUGUUUUCGGUCCACCACCAGCCCACGGUGGACAAGGUUCACGAGCGCAAGUGCGGGGCGGUGCGGGAGCAGUAUGGCAUCCAGCGGGUGGAGGCCAUGCUGCACACCCUGGAGAGGAUCAACUCGGACCCCACGCUCCUGCCCAACAUCACACUGGGCUGCGAGAUCCGGGACUCCUGCUGGCACUCGGCCGUGGCCCUGGAGCAGAGCAUCGAGUUCAUAAGGGACUCGCUCAUUUCUUCGGAGGAAGAGGAAGGCCUGGUGCGCUGCGUGGAUGGCUCUUCAUCGUCCUUCCGCUCCAAGAAGCCCAUCGUGGGGGUCAUCGGGCCUGGCUCCAGUUCGGUGGCCAUUCAGGUCCAGAACCUGCUCCAGCUUUUCAACAUACCUCAAAUCGCCUACUCGGCCACAAGCAUGGAUCUGAGCGACAAAACUCUGUUCAAGUACUUCAUGAGGGUCGUGCCUUCUGAUGCCCAGCAGGCCCGCGCCAUGGUGGACAUCGUGAAGAGGUACAAUUGGACCUACGUGUCGGCGGUGCACACAGAAGGCAACUAUGGAGAAAGUGGGAUGGAAGCUUUCAAAGAUAUGUCAGCCAAGGAAGGGAUCUGCAUCGCUCAUUCUUACAAAAUCUAUAGCAAUGCGGGGGAGCAGAGCUUCGAUAAACUGCUCAAGAAGCUCACGAGUCACUUGCCCAAGGCGCGGGUGGUAGCCUGCUUCUGCGAGGGCAUGACGGUGAGAGGGCUGCUGAUGGCUAUGCGGCGCCUGGGGCUGGCCGGAGAGUUCCUGCUUCUGGGCAGUGACGGCUGGGCGGACAGGUAUGAUGUGACAGAUGGCUAUCAGCGAGAAGCCGUUGGUGGAAUCACAAUCAAGCUCCAGUCUCCCGACGUCAAGUGGUUUGAUGAUUAUUAUCUGAAGCUCCGGCCAGAAACAAACCUCCGAAACCCUUGGUUUCAAGAAUUCUGGCAGCAUCGCUUUCAGUGCCGGCUGGAAGGGUUUGCACAGGAGAACAGCAAAUACAACAAGACUUGCAAUAGUUCUCUGACUCUGAGAACACAUCAUGUGCAAGACUCCAAAAUGGGAUUUGUGAUCAACGCAAUCUAUUCCAUGGCCUAUGGGCUCCACAACAUGCAGAUGUCCCUCUGUCCAGGCUAUGCGGGCCUCUGUGACGCCAUGAAGCCAAUUGAUGGACGGAAACUUUUGGACUCUCUGAUGAAAACCAAUUUUACUGGGGUUUCUGGAGACAUGAUCCUAUUUGAUGAGAACGGAGACUCUCCAGGAAGGUAUGAAAUAAUGAACUUCAAAGAAAUGGGAAAAGAUUAUUUUGAUUAUAUCAAUGUUGGAAGCUGGGACAAUGGAGAAUUAAAAAUGGAUGAUGAUGAAGUAUGGGCCAAGAAGAGCCACAUCAUCAGGUCUGUGUGCAGUGAACCAUGUGAAAAAGGCCAGAUAAAGGUGAUCCGGAAGGGAGAGGUGAGCUGCUGCUGGACCUGCACACCUUGUAAGGAGAAUGAGUACGUCUUUGAUGAGUACACCUGCAAAGCAUGCCAGCUGGGGUCCUGGCCCACUGAUGACCUCACAGGUUGUGACUUGAUCCCAGUGCAGUAUCUCCGCUGGGGUGACCCCGAGCCCAUCGCAGCCGUGGUGUUUGCCUGCCUUGGCCUGCUGGCCACCCUGUUUGUCACCGCGAUCUUCAUCAUCUACCGAGAUACGCCAGUAGUCAAGUCCUCCAGCAGGGAACUCUGCUACAUUAUCCUUGCUGGCAUCUGCCUGGGCUACUUGUGUACCUUUUGCCUCAUUGCGAAGCCCAAACAGAUUUACUGCUACCUGCAAAGAAUAGGCAUUGGUCUCUCCCCAGCCAUGAGCUACUCGGCUCUGGUCACCAAGACCAAUCGCAUUGCCCGGAUCCUGGCUGGGAGCAAGAAGAAGAUCUGUACCAAAAAGCCCCGAUUCAUGAGUGCCUGUGCGCAGCUGGUGAUCGCGUUCAUCCUCAUAUGCAUUCAGCUGGGCAUCAUCGUCGCCCUGUUUAUCAUGGAGCCUCCGGAUAUAAUGCAUGACUACCCGAGCAUUCGAGAGGUCUACCUGAUCUGCAACACGACCAACCUGGGGGUCGUCACCCCUCUGGGAUACAACGGACUGCUGAUCCUGAGCUGCACCUUCUACGCCUUCAAGACCAGAAACGUUCCGGCGAACUUUAACGAGGCCAAGUACAUCGCCUUCACGAUGUACACCACCUGCAUCAUUUGGCUGGCCUUUGUGCCCAUCUACUUCGGCAGCAACUACAAGAUCAUCACCAUGUGCUUCUCCGUCAGCCUCAGCGCCACGGUGGCGCUCGGCUGCAUGUUCGUGCCCAAGGUGUACAUCAUCCUGGCCAAACCCGAGAGGAACGUGCGCAGCGCCUUCACCACAUCCACCGUGGUGCGCAUGCACGUGGGCGACGGCAAGUCCUCCUCGGCCGCCAGCAGGUCCAGCAGCCUGGUCAACCUGUGGAAGAGGAGGGGCUCCUCUGGGGAAACCCUAAGGUACAAAGACAGGAGACUGGCCCAGCACAAGUCGGAAAUAGAGUGUUUCACCCCCAAAGGGAGUAUGGGGAAUGGUGGGAGAGCAACCAUGAGCAGCUCCAAUGGCAAGUCGGUGACUUGGGCGCAGAACGAGAAGAGCAGCCGCGGGCAGCACCUGUGGCAGAGGCUGUCGGUGCACAUCAACAAGAAGGAGAACCCCAACCAGACGGCCGUCAUCAAGCCCUUCCCCAAGAGCACGGAGGGCCGCGGCGCGGGGGGCGCGGGCGGCGGCGGGCCCGAGCCCCCGGACGCCGGCCCCAAGGCGCGCCCCGCCGCGGCCGAGGCCGAGGAGCGCCGCGCGGUGCCGCGCGCGCCGUCGCCCAUCAGCACGCUGAGCCGACAAGCGGGCGGCCUCCCCGACGACGAGGACGCGCGCUCGCUGCGCUCGGAGCCCGCCGCGCGCAGCAGCUCGUCGCAGGGCUCGCUGCUGGAGCAGAUCAGCAGCGUGGUGACCCGCUUUACGGCCAACAUCAGCGAGCUCAACUCCAUGAUGCUGGCCUCCCCGGGGACGCCCGGCGCGGGCGCGGCGCUCUGCUCGGCCUACCUGAUCCCCACGGAGAUGCAGCUGCCCGCCGCCGUGAUGACCACGUUCGCCGAGAUCCAGCCGCCGCCCGCCGCCGAGGGCCCGGGCGGCGCGGCCUCGCCGGCGGAGGGCGCCGCCCGGGAGCCUUCCCCCUCGGCGGCGGCGGCCGGGCCCGAGGCUGCGGGCGGCAAGGCGGACCUGGAGGAGCUGGUGGCGCUCACGCCGCCGUCCCCCUUCAGGGACUCGGUGGACUCGGGGAGCACCACCCCCAACUCGCCGGUGUCCGAGUCAGCCCUGUGUAUCCCAUCGUCUCCCAAGUACGACACGCUUAUCAUCAGAGAUUACACCCAGAGCUCCUCGUCCUUGUGAAUGUCCUUGGGAACCACGCCGGGGUCCCCCCCGCCCCAAGAAGCCGAGACCCUCCGGUGUCCCCACAGACAGCAAGGACAGGCCUGGGCGCCUGCUUCAGACCCCGAGGUGGAAGACAUCGCGUACACCCGCAGUGGAAACGAGAUCAACAGUGCUAUCUACCAUCCACCGACGAAGACACCAACCACAAACCUUUCGGCAGAUUUUCUUCUAGUGGCCUUAGAAAACAUGGGCUUUAAGAAACACCGCUUCUACUUUUGAGGGCUCACGAGGAGUUUGUUGAACCAGUUACAUCCCAAGUGCUUUGCUCUAGGGAAGCAAGGAGUGUGAAACAGCAAAACGGAGGGUUGAAAGGCAUACUCAAUAAGCAACUGUAAAAAAAAAAAUUUUUUUUUGUUUACUUUAAUUCUUUUCCCAGAAGAUUCUUUGAUUCACCAAACAUGAAUGUACAUUUUCUAACAAACUCAAAAUCUGGGACCAAAACAUCAACCUUUCUUUCUCUUCCUUUUUUUUUUUUCCCCUUUUUUCCUUUAAAGACCUUGGAAAGCAGACAUGGGCCCAGUAUUUGCUGAGGCGUUGAUAUGAGUGUGUCCCAUGGGCAACACGCAACUGUGUGAUGAGGGCCGUGCUGAUGUAUGUAGGGCUUUUACCAGACACUUUCCAAUUUGGUUGUGACCUCCUCUUCCAAAAGCCUGCAUCCUGGAUUCCACCUAGUUAUUUCAGUUCACCUCCAUUAACCAAGAAAACCAGUGGAAGAUUUCUUGACUAUUUCACCAUGUUGCCAAUCAAUACUGGAGUAGCAAAAAAUAUUUUCUGGAAUACUGUUUUGUAAUUCCCUCACUGGGGUGCCGUUGUGUAGCUGGAAAUUCUCUUUCUAAUAAUAAUAAUUCUUGAGCUCCAGCUUGGCUAUCUCUUUCAUGAAAUGUGGCCACUCAUUAUGAAUGCAUUGCCAGCUAAAAUAUUUAAAAUAUGCAUUUGGGCUUCUUCAUUCCUUUCUUUUGAGAACCUGAUGCACAAAGAGCUCCUCUGUUCUUUUCAAGUCCCACCACUGGAAGAAUGGUCUGUAGACCCAAUGAAGACACUGUCGUGAUUGGAGGGACUGUUCAAAAAAUUAACACGAUCUUAAUACACUGGAGACUUUAAACUGUCAAGUCGGCUUAGCAUAGAUUUAGCUAUGCCAGUGAGCAGUGAUUUUAACUUUUCUUGGCUGCUUAAACAGGGCAGCUAUGAACUAUGACACAUGUAGAUUUUUCAAAGCAAUACAGAAAACUAAAACAGAGGAACCUUAACAGAUACAAACCACACAAUCUUUCUUAGCCAUUCCAAAAAGAGGCAAAGCAAUUAUUAAUAUUUUCCUUUUUAAAAUAAUUAUGAAUAUAAUUUUGUGCACUUCAUACUGUCACUUUUUAAAAACUGCAGAAAAGAGAUUUAGAGUUAUAAUAGACAUAUCUGUGCUUUGAUAGGCUCCUAUAGAUAGAAUUCAGCUCAAGACCUGCAUCCACUGUCAUCUCUUUCUUCCUCCCAUUACAGCUAUCCUCAGGUGCCAAAUGUUUUUGAUUUUUAAAUAAGGAUAGUAAUAAAAGGAGGAGGUAUCCUAUAAAUUUAAAGUCCAGUUGACCCAGCCUUAUACUAAAGAUAGCCUUAUGAGAAAGAUUUGCUGUAAGGCAGAAGUAUAUUUUUAGCAGAGAGAAAAAUAAAUAAAAACCUUUUUCCUUUUGCUCAAUAUCCUUAUUUGGUAUUUUUUAUUUCACAUCUACUUAAAAGAAGGGAUUGAGAAAUGAAAAUAUAUCUAUUACCAUACUUUAUCAUUCUCUACUUUGAAACAUUAUAAUACACUGUUUUACCUUUCCUGAUAAUUAUUCUCAUAUUAAAUUAUAUUAAAUCUCCCAAUAUAAAACAUUGAAAGCUAACAUUAUUUUACUAAAAUAGUAAUUUUUUAAAAAUCAAACCUCCCGUACAAAUUUGAAAAUAGCAUCAUUGGAGCCCCUUGAUCCCAAAUAUUAUGAGACUCUUGAAACAGUCAAUCUAGCUAAGUUUUGUGGUUUCAUUGAAAGCAAAUGUCUGCCUCUACUUGAAAAACAAAUGUAAAUAUUUUGAAGUAAAUACUAAUAUCCCUGGAUUCUCAUCAAAAGGGUGGCAUUCACCUGGGGGUUCCUGUCUUGAUUUCUUAGGCAUGGAAACCUUCCUAAGUAUGCUCUGUCUAAGUUUUUUAAUUUGUUUCAAAGAACCGGUAUGUUGGUUUCCACUGUAUUCUCAAAUACAAGUUUCACUGUGUUGACCAACAGGAAAACAUUUUUAAAACUUUCUCCAUGAUCAAAUUCCUUUUCUAUUUUUUUAGUAACAUAUUUCCUUUAAAAGUAUACUACCACAUGAGAAAAUUCAUUAGAAAUUAAAAUUUAAUGUGAAUAAAUUGCCAUCAUAUAAUUCUAUAUGAAUUAAUAGUCAACAUAAAAAUAAUUUAUCUAAUUAGAGGAGAACAAGAGGUAUUUUUCUGUGUAUUUAUAUAACCCUUUGCCACUUCAUUCAGUACAUUGUAUAAUAUAUAAUAUUAUUGGUAAUGCAUUCUUGGGAUCUUUUCUUUUGGAAUGAUGCUAACUCUGUCUCUUUGCCAAUUCUAAUACCAGGUUCCAAGUUAAAUCUACAGUACGAAAGAGAACUGAAUAUUCAUUCUAGGGCUAGGAUAUGAACUUCACAAUUCAUUUGAAUACCUAUUUUCACUGAAUUUCCUAGAAAACAAUCUGUUCCUGGUGCCCAGUGAUAAUUCAGGUGGGACCAGCAUGACUCAAGGGAAGGGGAAAGUACAAUGAAAUGCUGAAUUUCAGAAAACCGACCCUAAAGGACACUUUGGUCCCAGGAUUAAAAAGAGAAGACCUGGUUCGAUCAAGUUGUACAGACUAUCUGAGCAGCCCACCCAUUCUCUAUUGUGGGAAGCGGUGGGGACCGCCUGAGAAGACCGUGUCUGCACCGCGAAGAAGCAGAACCACCUCUCUGGGUUAGGGGUUGGGGAACAGAAAGGGAGUGUGGAAAGGAGAACCAUGUGAGAUUUGACUGAAGCAAAGAGAAAAAAGCAGACCCCUGAAUGUGCUAAUCCUUGUUAGUAACAGUCUUUCCCAAGUUUCUGCUGUUACCAGCAUGUGAUCAGAAAGACUAGGAACUAUUUCUGACUGUCAAUGAAUUGUAUAAUUCUGUGCAAUUCUGUGACUUCCAAACCAGGAAUAAAACUCUUAAAAAAAAAAAAAAAUUCCUGUUCUAGUCUCCCAGCAAAAUGUACGUGUUUCGGAGACUUCAAAGGUUAUGACCUGAGUUCACAUUUAGCCACAGCUUAUUAAUAACCCUCAAGCUGUCAGAAUCUCUAUAGUUACCAUUUACAAUUUUAUACUGUGAAAAAUAUACAGAUCAGUGAAAACCGUAAAGAUAAGUUGGAAUUCACUUUAAAGAGGGCCUGAAGCCUAAGAGAUGCUCUACUAUCUGUUGAAGAAUGCGGCAUGUAUAAACUAGUUGGCUGAAUUUCACUGAUCUUCCCAAUGUGAACAAAUAUACUAUGUAUAUUGUGUGUAUUUCUAGAAUUCAAUGGCAGCUGCUGGUGGUGUUGUAAUUAGAAAUCUAUAUAGAAUAUAGAUGUUUUAGAGAGAUGGUGCCAAUCCUAAAAGAUUUGUGUGGGCUACAAGUGCUUGUACUUACUUUUUUCUGCACUUUAACUGAUUUGGUUUUAAGAUGGUGUGUGUGUAUGUGUUUGUUUUAUUUUUUUCUGUUGUUGCAGCUUGUGCUAUUAAAAUGAUAGAGAAUGUUAAAUUAUUUUGAUGUGAAUUGCAAAUGAUUUUUUCAUAAAGUUUAACAUUUCUAUCAGCA